AUGGAAUCUCGUUUCUCGGCAAACUACAAAAAUGCAGCCAAGGAUCAAGAAGCGUUGCGCAAAGGUCGGGCCGAUGAGAGCAUUACCAUUCGGAAACAACAACGCGAUGAGCUCCUUACCAAGCGCCGAAAUUUCGCCCCAGAGGAUGAAGGACCUAGUGGUGUCGAUUCGACUCCAGCGGUUCCGUAUGACGGCCAAUUGCUAAAUGAAGUUGUCCAAAUGGCCAAGGCUGGUGACGAAAAUCAGGUGCUCCAGGCUGUGCAGCAGGCUAGGAAAAUGCUUUCUUCCGACCGGAACCCACCAAUUGACGACUUGAUCGCAAGUGGCCUGCUUCCCGUGCUCGUCGACUGCCUCAAGGCGCAAAAUUCAAACCUGCAGUUCGAGGCUGCCUGGGCUAUCACGAACAUCGCCUCCGGAAAUUCGGCGCAAACUCGUGCUGUCGUCGAAGCUGGCGCGAUCCCCGUGUUUUUGGAGCUACUGUCAUCGGCCUAUUUGAACGUUUGCGAACAAGCUGUUUGGGCUCUCGGCAAUAUUAUCGGUGAUGGCCCGCACUAUCGCGACGCAUGUCUGGAACUUGGAAUACUCGGUUCUCUACUCAAGUUUAUCAAGCCUGACAUCCCGAUUGGAUUCCUGCGCAAUGUCACCUGGGUGCUGGUCAAUCUCUGCCGCAGCAAGGAUCCGCCGCCGAAGCCGGAAGCCAUCAAUACCAUCCUUCCUGCCCUGGCUAUGCUGAUUCAUCACCACGAUACGAGCAUUCUCGUCGACACUGUUUGGGCGAUCAGCUACCUGACUGAUGGUGGCAACGACCAGAUUCAGCAAGUCAUCGACAGCAACCUGAUUCCGAGCCUGAUUCCAAUGCUCAAUCACGAGGAUGUCAAGGUGCAAACGGCAGCGCUCCGUGCCGUUGGAAAUGUUGUUACGGGCACGGACCAUCAGACGCAGCUGGUUCUCGACCAUGGUGCCCUCCGUCAGAUGCCGCUGCUGCUUACACACGCCAAGGAAAAGAUUAAGAAGGAAGCAGCCUGGCUGUUGUCCAACGUCACCGCCGGAAAUGUGGCCCAAGUACAGGCAGUAUUUGAUUGCCAGCUGGUGCCGAUGAUAAUUGCCUUGCUGGACAAGGGCGACUACAGCACAAAGAAAGAAGCCGCUUGGGCUAUUUCUAAUAUUACGAUUUCCGGUCAGAUGGAACACAUUCUUCGCUUGAUCGAACUGGGUGUCAUCCCGCCCUUCUGCGGACUUCUGACGACACAAGCCGAAACCCAGCUGUUGCAUGUCGUUCUCGACGGCAUUUCCAACAUCAUGAAGGCGGCGUCGAACAGCGCUGGGCAUGAUGAACAGGCGCGAACUCAAAUCGAAGAGUGUGGCGGGCUUGACAAGCUUGAGGUCCUUCAGACGCACACCAACGAAUCCGUCUACAAGCUCGCUUACACCAUCAUCAACACCUAUUUUUCAACCGACGAGGAAGACGGCGAGGGCGUCGUUGACAACGUCGAUCCGUUCGGAGGAGCUCCGCCUGCCAACUGGUCAUUCCAA